AAACACCCCCGUGUUGGCUGUGACGCAUGUGAACGACUCAUCACGGGGCUGCGCUGGAAGUGCACUGACUGCGUCAACUUUGACCUCUGCAGCCGGUGUUACAUGGCGGACAAACAUGACGUCAGACACGAGUUUCAGCGCUUGUGCAGCCCAAGAUCGGAUGGGGUUGUUGUGGGAAAACGAUGCAACAGCAAGGAAAAGAAAACAGCCAUGGGACUCUUUGUGGGGGCGACAGUGUGUAGGGGGUGUGAUUGGAGGUGGGGGAACCAGGAUGGUGGGUCAGGCACCGAGGGAAUGAUACUCAACAUUGACGACUGGGGGGAGGACUCAUUCCGUAGCAAGGCCACGGUCCUGUGGCCCUCUAGAUCUAUCAACAACUACAGACUCGGACAUAAUGGAUCCAUGGACCUCAGGUGUAUUAAGCCGUCAAAGGGUGGGAGUUACUACAAGGAUCAUCUACCUGUACUAGGAAAAAUCAAAGAAAAGAAAAUGGAUGACCUCUUGGCGUCCGUGCUAGCCCGCGGGCUGCUGGGAGAAAGUCUGCUGGGACCCAUGCAUAAGAUGUUCAUGAUGCAUCAAAUGCUGGGCGCACUCAGGGAGCUGCAAACGACAGAUAGCUCAGCAGACGAGAUUGUCGGCACCCGAGUGGUCAGGGGGCCAGACUGGAGCUGGCAGAACCAGGACGGGGGCGUGGGUCACGUGGGCACCGUGGUUAAGGUCAACGGUGGGGGCUCGGGAAAACCGGAGCAAACGGUCGACGUGGUGUGGGACAACGGUCAAAAGAACAUGUACAGGAUUGGCAUCAACGACAAGUUUGAUCUGCUGGUUUUCGACAACGCCCCUUCCGGUGUUAGACAUGCCCAUAUCACCUGUGAUGAAUGCAAAACAGAAGGUGUUCGGGGCAUCCGCUGGAAAUGUUCCGUGUGCACCGACUUUGACCUGUGCACUGUGUGUUACCUGAAUGACAAACAUUCUAAGGACCACAGGUUUAUUAGGAUAGCCAGACCAGACGAUCGCAGCGUGCUGGUGCCAUCCAGGUCAUCUAGCUCAGACAAACGAGUCCAGUCACGUGGUAUAUUUAAAGGCGCCACGGUUGUUCGAGGGUUGAACUGGGAGUAUGGUGAACAGGACGGGACCGAGGGCACAAAAGGAAAGGUGGAAGAAAUCAUUAAUUCAGACAAUGACAGUGGGCGGGGCAUUGCAACCGUGACUUGGUCCCUGUCGACCCGCGUCUAUAAAUAUCGUGUGGGUCAUAAGGGUCAGGUUGACCUGAAGUACCUGACCCCGGGGAUCGGGCAGACGUAUUAUACAAACCAUUUGCCUGUUUUAGGUAAAGUAGAGGAACAGUACUCGUGGUUUAAGGUCGGGGACCCGGUUAUGUGUGUGAUGCCACUGGACGCGUUGAAAAAGUUCCAGGAAAAACAUGGCGGUUGGAACAACGAAAUGGCAAAGUACAUUAACAAGAAAGGGACUGUGUGUGAUGUGGACGAUGAUGGAGACAUACAAGUUGUCUAUGAAGACAGACAGAAAUGGUGCUUUAAUCCUGAGGCUUUGGUCAAGGUCGAGGUCAAACGUUUAACUGUUGACGUCAUGAUGAAGGACGACAUCGUCAAGCACGUCCUUGACCUCGACAUCCCAGAAGACCUGGUCAAGAAAACUCUGACCAAAAGACUGGCCGAGACAGGGAUGCAGUUUGAGAGCUCUGAAGCUCUGACCGAGGCCAUACUUAAAGAACACUGCGGGGGUGCCGUCGCCUCUGGUACCAAAGGAACCGAUGCUGGAAAACCCAAAGCUAAGCUUCAGGCGGAUUCGAACCUGGACCAGGAGAACCAGUUCACGCGACAACAGCACCAGUGUAAGAUCUGCAUGGACAGUGAGGCUGUCAUCACGUUCGUGCCGUGUGGUCACCUGUCAUGCUGCGGCACGUGCGCCGCUGCCAUCACCGACUGCCCCAUCUGCCGCUCACGUAUAGAGAGCCGUAUCAGAACUUUUGUUGCAUAGGGCGAGAGGAUCUUGCUUGAGCUCAUGCACGUUGUGAUGUGGAAUGGUAGUUUGGUACAAUCUAAGACACAUCUUAUGUACAUUAUAGUCAUUUGACUUGAAGCUAAGCUUAAACGAAGACCUCUUGCUUAAGUGCGUGCAUAUUGUGAGUUGAAUGGUAGUUAAGUACAAGCAAAGACACAUACACAAUGUUGACGCAUUUUAUGGCUACCACUUGAAACAAAGCUUAAA